UGCGGCUGUGACAGCAACGGCUCCUUGCUCUCCUGUAACGCCGAAGCCUACGUCCUCAAUGCUGGAUUAAGCACGGGAGCUUUAAUUGCCAUUCUAGCUUGCAUUGUGAUUUUAUUAGUCAUUGUAGUGUUGUUUGUAACACUGAAAAGACAGAAAAAAGAACCUCUGAUUGUCUUUGAAGAGGAAGAUGUCCGAGAGAACAUUAUUACUUACGAUGAUGAAGGUGGAGGAGAGGAAGACACUGAAGCUUUUGACAUAGCUACUUUGCAGAACCCUGAUGGCAUCAAUGGAUUUAUUCCUCGUAAAGACAUAAAACCUGAGUAUCAGUAUAUGCCAAGACCAGGGCUGCGGCCAGCUCCUAAUAGUGUUGACGUUGAUGAUUUCAUCAACACAAGAAUACAAGAGGCUGAUAAUGAUCCAACUGCUCCUCCUUAUGACUCUAUUCAGAUCUAUGGCUAUGAAGGAAGAGGCUCAGUGGCUGGUUCACUUAGCUCGUUAGAGUCAGCGACAACAGAUUCUGAUUUGGACUACGACUAUCUACAAAACUGGGGACCUCGGUUUAAGAAACUUGCAGACUUGUAUGGCUCCAAAGACACUUUCGAUGAUGAUUCUUAACAAUAAAGUUUAAGAUUUGGCCUUAAGAACUGUCCCCAAUGUUCUGAAGAAUCCAGAAGAAAUGUAAGCAGGUAUUUUUUUAAAAAUCAAGAAAAAUCUCAUUUAAGUUUGACAGAGAGGAUUCCUUUGAUAAAAAAGGACUUAAAAGUGGUAAAUACUGUGAAGUACCUUUUCCUACAAAAGGCAAACAUAGAAGUUGACUGCCAGCUUCACUAGAGGAAAAAACCCACUUAAUAAAAAUAUUUAAAUGAAGGAAAAUGCUAAUAGCAAACCUACAAAAUAAGGGAGAACUUUUAUGUAUUAUGAACAUCUAAAUCUUUAUGUCAAAGAAGCUUCCACAAAUUAGAAAAGAUAACAGUUCUGAGCUGUAAUUUCGCCUUAAACUAUGGACACUCUAUCUAGUAGUGCAUUUUUAAACUUGAAAUAUAUAAUAUUCAGCCAGCUUAAACCCAUAUGAUGUAUGUACAGUACAAUGUACAAUUAUUAUGUCUCUUGAGCAUCAAACUUGUUACUGCUGAUUCUUGUAAAUCUUUUUGCUUAUACUUUCAUCUUGAACUAAUACGUGCCAGAUAUAAAAACUCUGUCUUGUUGCAGUGGGAGGCGCCCUAUUUCUAUGUCAUUUUUAAUGUAUCUAUUUGUACAAUUUUAAAAUUCUUAUUUUAGUAUACAUACAAAUAUCAGUAUUCUGACAUGUAAGAAAUGUUACAGCAUCACACUUAUAUUUUAUGAACAUUGUACUGUUGCUUUAAUAUGUGCUUCAAUAUAAGAAGCAGACUUUGAAAUAAACUGAUUCUUUUUUAAUUCUUGUUCUGGUUAUUAAGCAUAUAAGGAAAAACAUAGUGUUUCUAAUGUCCCAUUUAUAGUUCUGACUAAUUUACUACAAUUGUGACCUUUUAAUAGCCUUAUUUAUUAUGUGUUUGUAGUUGGUUUGUUGCCUUGUUAAGUGAUUAUUUAAAAAUCAAGUACAUUUUACAAAUGUUUUUUAGAUUUAAAAAAAAUGUAAUGUCUGGUGAACAUUUUGUACCCUCUCUAUCUACAGCUUGUGGCUGCUCCCAGAACACAGUAAUAAUCUUCAUAUAAUACUACUGUGUUUUCUGAAUUAAAUUAAGUGUAAUACUUUUCAAUAUUUCCCAUGUAAUAUGCAUUUAUCAUGUAUCUUAGAAAUUCCAGAGGUUUCACAAAUUACUUUAUAAGUGGACAGGAGUACUCUGUUCUUACAAUUUACUUCAGGCUUGUGAAUUUCCAUAUCUGUGCUAAGCGUCUGCAGGUUCUAGAGACUUAAAUCUGACCCAGUUUAGUUAUAAGUUCCCUGAAGACUCUUCUACCUGACAAUUACCUUACCUGAGUA